AUACAAGAGUUCGGAUGAUCGAGGAUAAGAUUUUGUUGAGGACAAAACUCUUUCAGGACGAGGGCAAAAACCAUAUUGCUGGUAUUUGAUUGAUCAGAUUUGUCUACUGUAUGUAUUGUAUUGAUGUUUGCAUUCUCUGGUAAAACAAACACGUGGAUUGGAAACUAAUUUUAUGUAUGAUGCUCAGAUAAUAACUGAUACAUCCAUUCAUUGAUCUAACAGAAAGGUUCACUAACAGAGAUCAAGAAGAUAAUCUCAUUUGAAUGCUUUCAUAACUUCCUGGACUCAAUUUAGGGCUCGAAUUUAAUUAGAGGUGUGCUUAUAUUAAUGUUAAGUCCAAUGAAAAUAUGUUCGUAUAUAAAACAUUAUACCUAAAACAGUGUACAGAUAAACGAAAUUCGGAUAAACGAGAAUGCAGUGUAUUUUUGAAGAUAGCGAUAUCUCAUAAAUCAAUUAAAAUCAAAGUCAAAAAUUCAAAAAAACUACAAUCCACAAAUUUACCUUUAGCCAUGAUCUAGGCAUUACGUUAAUCUAACUAACCAUAAGAGGAAAAAUCAAAUAUUAAUGAUCCAAGACAGGGAAAUAUUUUUUAUCGUCUUUCUUAUCAUUUUCAAAGAUAUAAAAGUACAGAGGCAAUCAGAUAAGAACGAAAUGAAAAUAUUCGAGAAAAAUUCCAGUAUGAUAUAGAUAUUGAGUGAAUAAUAUUUCUUUUAAUAACCAUCUGAUUUAAACAGAGCUGAAGAGAAGCAAGUCUGCUAAAAUGUCCCAAAAAUUAUAUCAAAAAUCACCUUCAGCGGAGUUGAAUUGGAUUCCAAAUUCUGUUGCAAGUUUUGGUAGGUAACAAAAGGCUUUUUAACACUUACCUUAUAAUAUGAAUCCAUGUGCUUGCUCCAUUCUUCCAAUAGAUUAAGUUUACGCGACUAUAACAUAGAAGAUAGAAUACGAAUCUUUCAAAGCGAUAUUAGGCUAUCUAACAGCAAGGUUAUACAAAAACUUGAAGGGCCUAGGCAACGGCGAGAAGUAUGUACUUCUUCUGUGCAGUAACCGUGUAGGCAACAACAGCAAACCAGUGAAUAGCAUGCGCGGGUGUCGAGUCAUGAACGGUGUUUAUUUUUAGAAGGAUUUUCUCAACCUGUUGAUGAUUAUUCCUGUCCUUUCUGGAUAUCAAUAAUCUCAGGGCAAGUGGGCAUCGUGCCCUCGCAGAGAAAGAAAUGUGAACUAGCGGAAGGAAUUUCUAUCUGGUUUCAAGGCAACAAGGACACAAAACUGAAAAUGCUAACUUGAAAACUUAUACUAUAUGCUCCGUUCAAAUUGGAAACUUCAUGGUUAAAACGAAUUAAGUAGUUGGGUAGCUGAUUAGGAAAACUAAUAAAACAGCUAAAAAGGUUAAGUUAAAAAGAAAAUUUAAGAGUAUCUCCUACGCUUUGAUAUUAAACUGUGAAUGUAAGAUAUUCCUUUUUGUUUUUCUAAUUAAAUGGCUUUCCAUUUGCAGGCCGUUAAUACAGAAAACACUUGUAAAAUGAAAGAGGAAACUUUCCAUCUUCAUUGCGUGAGCUGAAAUGCCUUUGGAAUUUUAAAAAUUUUCACGAUAUGCUGGUAGAAGUCCGGACCGAGUCUGAACAACCUACAAAUUAUUCACAAUAAUAUUGUAUCACGUGACUUAUCGUUAUUAACCAAUAGCGCAUUGGAAACCUUUAUGAAUAGACUUGUUGGUGGUCAAUUCAAAAAUGAAUACUCUGUGCACAUGAUUUACCAGGUCAAAGGGAUGUCGUUUUAAACAAGGGGAUCAAAUAAAUAAUGUAAAAGUAAUACUUAAAGUUAAAAUAUAAAGUUUACAGAAUUUAUUUGAUAUUAAAUAGGUAAAUGUGGUUUGAUAAGCAAUAGUGCAGAGGAUUUUAUCUCAAAACUUUGUAUAGUGUUAGUGUAAUGUUGAUUGCAGAUCGACUGAAUUUUAUGGAUUUUUGAGAGGGCCAUAUAAUACGGAGGCGGAUAUAUUUGGUUUUCUAUCCUAUCAUCAAAGACAGAAUUGCUGAAUUAAUCUUCAGAUUGUCUGCCGAAGAUUAAACGCGUGCGGAUAAAAGCAAGAUUGGUAAAACCUUAACAAGAGAUGUGUUAUAUCUGAAUCAAGUUAUCAGGUAAUAAAAUGAUCCAGUGAUAAAAUUGAUAAUGAACUGAUUAAUGCAAUCAAUGCUGCAUCAAGGAUAGAUAACAAAUCACAAACAGCUCCAAGAUAAGGGAAAGACGGACAACUCUUAAACAACUGGAAAACAUUUGCUAGUUGAUAUAGCGAUCAAAAUGCCAAAAAUUUGCUUCAAAACAUCUUUUAUUCUUCUGUUUACUAUACUUGCCCUAACAAGAGUAUCAACUAUCAACGGGGAACGUGUAGAGUAUGUUAGAAAGUUCUUGGAGCAGUAUAACUAUUACAUGGCAAUUUUCAGAAGACUGGCUAGUUAUGUGCAAUGGGAACUCGAUGUAGGUAAGGUUAGUGAAGAAAAGAGAAAGAAAGCGCAUCUUAUCACAAACAAACUUUCUAGGAGCAUGAGGAUGAUGGCAAGUAAAGCAGAAAAAGUUUAUGAAUCGGUAAAAAGCUCCAAAAAUUUGCCAGAGGAUUUGAUGAGGCAGCUGAAAUUGAUAAAUCAAGUUGGGACGCCGAAAGACUUGAAGCACAUUAUGAUGACGAAUAAAGUAUUGAAGAUAAUGACCAAAAUAUAUAGUUCAGCAAGGGUGCUAAUGAAAGUUAAAGGUAAAACAAAGAAACUCCAACUCAAUAAAGGAUUGCUUCCAAUAAUGAACAACGUCAAGAAAGAAAGACUGAAGCUUCUUGAAUGGGCGUGGAAAGCAUGGAGAGAUGCAGUUGGCAAGAAAGUUCGCCAUUUUUUUGUGAAACUGGUUCAUCUUGCAAACAAAGGUGCUAAAGAUCGAGGUUACAAAGAUUAUGGAGUGUUUACACGCUCAUGCUACGACAUGGAUCCAGAGAAAUUUAAGAACAAAAUGGCAGCAAUGUUUUCGAAAGUGGAACCUUUGUACAAGAAGCUGCAUGCUUUCGUGAGGUUUAGGCUGAGAGAGAUUCUUGGUAAUGACGUCGUCGAUGAAAAAGGCAUGAUUCCAGCACAUUUGCUUGGAAUGUGGCCUUCACACUGGCAACAUCUGUAUAAGCUCUUGGUGCCUUUUCAAAAGAAGAAAAUACCUGAUGUGACAAAGAAAAUGCGAGAAAAAGGCAUUGGAAAAAUGCAAAUGUUGAAACUUGCAGAAAAAUUCUUCCUGUCGCUAGGCAUGAAGAAAUUGCCAAAAACAUUCUGGAAAAAGUCGUUGCUUAGCAAAAAAGGCAACAAGAAACUCCCAUGUCAAGCAUCUGCUCUUGAUGUUGGCCAAGGUGAUGUAAGGAUGAAAAUGCCAUGCCUUGGUCCGUCACAAGAAAGCCUUGUUACAGUUCACCAUGAAAUGGGUCAUAUACAGUAUUAUUUGUCUUAUCUUGAACAGCCUUAUGUGUUCCGGGUAGCUGCAAACCAAGGCUUUCAGGAGUCUAUUGGUGAUACAGUUGCUCUUUCAAUCACAACGCCAAAAUAUCUACACGACCUUGGACUUAUACCUCAACACCAUGACGAUCAAGAGGAAAGCAUCAACUACCUAAUGAAACAGGCAUUACAGAAAAUUAGUUUUCUUCCCUAUGCAUACAUGAUAGAAAUCUGGAGGUGGGAUGUCUUCUCUCGGAAGAUCCCUGCAACCAAAUACAACCAACACUGGUGGAUGCUUAGAAACAAAUAUCAAGGUGUCAAGGCCCCGGUGAAAAGAACAGAGGAGGAUUUUGAUCCUGGUGCAUUUUUUCAUAUUGACAAGAAUGUAGAGUACAUCCCAUAUUUUUUCAGUCAAAUUCUGCAGUACAUGACACAGAAAGCAUUAUGUAAAACUGCAGGCCAUAAAGGAGAGCUCCACACAUGUUCCAUUUAUAAAUCGAAAAAAGCUGGGAAACAGCUAAGUUCUAUGUUGUCAAUGGGAAGGUCUAAACCAUGGCAGGAAAUUCUCAAAGAAACAAUUGGUCAAAGUGACCUGGAUCCCAAUGCACUUCUGGAAUAUUACAAGCCCUUAGAAACAUGGCUUGACAAGCACAGAAAACAACAUGGGUACACAUUAGGAUGGGAAAUCAGCUCAAAUAUUAAACAAGGAUGAUCAUUAUGAAGUUAUUUUUAAUUCUGUAAAAUUCUCUGUGAUUUUUUCCAGGCAGUGUAUUAAAUGCAUAUAGAAAUGUGUAUAUUUAGCCACAAGUCUUAAAGACCUAGCUAGUUAUUUAUUUCAUGUCAUUGUUUUUGUUUUAAUAAAAAAAAUUUAGCAACAAAAAGAACAGUCCGGUUGGGAUUAAAAUGACAGUCAAACAAAAGUUUGCUCCAUUGAACUUUAGUCAAGGAAUAGAUAUGAUUUGUAUAGGUUAGAAAUGCAGGUAGUUCUUAUGGGCAUCUUUCAAAUUAAGGGGAAAAACAUGGAACAAACUUAUUUUUGACUUCAAAAAUACUUAACAUACCUCAGUAUCUCUGGUAUGGUUUGAUAUGAAUGGAUGAAUAUAGAUUUCAGAAUGCCAAGAAAUUCAUUAGUUUCUUAUCAUUUACAAAUAUGAAUUCUUUGCAGUAUUUUAGUGCAGAUGUGUGUUUAAAUUCCUUUUUUUAGCCAUCAUUUCUACUUUUGGCUGGAAGGCCUUUGUAUACUUGUAAUUGAAUGAUUAUGCUUUUUCCAAAACAAAAUGCAUUUUCAACAAUUUAUUAUAUGAUGACCCAAAAUCAAAACAAAACAUUUAUUUGACAAAACAAUAUAAUGACAAUAUAAUUUCUUUAAGCACCUUUUGUCUGUGAGCCCUUUUUUUCUUGAAAUUGCAAGUCCACAUCAGCUACAUACUGCCAAUUAGCGAAACCUGCAUAUCGAAUAAAAUUAUGUAUGUAUUUAUGUAUGUAUAUCAUAGAGUUGAAGAAAAUAAGACUACAUGAUUUAUCUCUACAAGCCUGUUUCAUGAGUAACUCGUAAAUUUGGAAUUCAGAAUCUUGGGCCCAUUGCAAAGCUUCAAAUGUUGAUAGGCUAUGGAUAAUGUUUGAUGGUAUUUAUAAUAUUUCCUUAGCGCUAUCAGUUUUUUAAAACUUUGUCAAAUACAAACUUUGUGUCAAAAUUGCAUGAAAUAUUGUUGACUGUAAAAUUCAAAAAUAGACUGAUUACAAAAAAAUAGUCUUGUAAAUUUGGAUCAAAUUAUAUUUGUAUAUAUAACAAAAAAAUGACUUUGAAGAACUUAGAA